AUGAGUCGACUUGUGGAUUCAGAAGAGGCCCAGGAAUACUCCUAUCAAGCUGAAAAGUAUCGCGAAGCUGCUCUCGACAAUUUCCAAACCACAGUUCGCGACAUCGACGAGUCAAACUACAAAGCAGUGCUACUAUUUGCCGGCACUCUCUUCCCUCAUGCUUGUGCCGCUUCAAUAUCGGCUGGCGAUGACUUGGAGCACGCAUUCAGCAAUAUCGUUUCCAACAUUGUCUUGACACGGGGAAUGAGACCCAUGGUAACGCGGUUUUACGAAAUGAUGAAGAAGAGCGAUUUGGGUCGCAUAAUCCCAGAAGAUGUCAAGGAUAUUGAUUGGCAAACAGAGGAACAGCCGCCCAGCACUGAGCUUGUUCGGCUCCGCAAAUUCUCCGAGAUCGUCCACCACGUGUAUCCACCCGAUAUCGUGGAUGCAUAUGGAUUUGCCUGUCAUGUUCUUGAAUUAGUAUUUCAAGUAGCGGCAAACUCUCCCAGGCCGCCUUCCGAUGCAUUGCUGAAGAUAUGGAUCCAUCUCAUCUCUGAUCGCUAUGUUGAGCUUCUAUCGGAGAAGCAACCGGGAUCUCUGAUCAUCUUUGCACACUUUGCAGUUAUGAUGCAUAGAGCAGCAAAGCAUUACUGGUAUCUAGAAGGGGUAGCUGAGCAGAUUCUUCGAUUUGCAGACCACAUGGUUCCGGGCGAGUGGAAAUCUUGGUUGGAGUGGCCUAGGGAACAGAUACGGGGUACUUCUAUCCCUCCGACGCCAUACUCGGAACAAGUAACUUGA